AGAUCUCCAGCCUUAUCUGCUGCACAAAAUUGUUGCCUUUUGAAAGGUGGGGAUAAACAGAGGAGGAAAAGGACAAAAGUUAUACCCAAGACAAGUUCCUUAGGUCCAGUGGUCCAUCUGAGGGCAGGAUGGGCUCAAAGUACCCAAAGUCCCUCAGGAUAUCCCUGCCUUUCUGGGUCCUGAUGUUGGAAAUUGCUUUCAUUCUGGUUUUCUUCUUUUUCACAUCUUAUGAGACACCCUCAAAGAAGUUGGAGCUUCUGAAGCCAUAUCCAGCCUUCCAGGAUAUCAACGUCAUGGCGGUGCUUGGCCUGGGCUUCCUCAAGGCCUCCUUGAGGAGAUAUACAUGGAGCAGUGUGGCCUUCAACCUCUUCACCCUGGCCCUCGGUGUGCAGUGGGCUAUCAUCCUGGAUGGCUUCUUGUUCUCCUCUAGUAGAAAGAUCCCCAUUAAUAUUCAAAGGAUCAUACUGGGUACCAUGAGUGCUAUGUCUGCCCUCAUCUCAUCUGGGGCCACCCUGGGCAAAGUCAACUUGGUCCAGCUGAUAGUAAUGACCUUGCUGGAAGUAACAGCCUUCCUUGGAACCAAGAAGCUCACCCUGACCUUCCUUGAUGGGAACGAACAUCAGAGCAUGAUGCAAAUCCACGUGUUUGGGGCCUACUUUGGGGUGGCCGCGACCUGGUGCCUCUCGGGCCCGGGCCUGAGUGCAGCCAAGGAGAAGGAACAGAGAGCCACAGCUUCCAGUCUGUUUACCACACUGGGCACCCUUUUCCUGUGGAUCUUCUGGCCAACCUUCAAUUCUGCCCUGCUAGAAUACCCCAGCGAGAAGGAGACUGCUAUAUAUAACACUUAUUAUGCCCUUGCUGUCAGCGCAGUGGUCGCCAUGUCAUUUUCAGCUGCAGCUCACCCACAUGGGAAAAUCAGUAUGAUCCAUGUCCACAGAGCAACGUUGGCUGGAGGGGUCGCUGUGGGGGUCGCCACCAACCUUAUCCACUCACCUUGGAUUGCCAUGGUGCUGGGGCUUCUUGCAGGCAUGAUCUCCAUCGUAGGAGCCAAGUGCUUGCCGGUAAUGGUGCAACAGGGAUGUUUUAACCGGAUCAUUGGGCUUCACGACACCUGUGAAGUUCAUUCUACCUUCGGCUUGCCGGGGCUGCUGGGAGGACUCGCCUACAUUCUGCUGAUGAUUGAGCAAGCUAGCUGGACCAAGCUCUCCACGGUUGGCUUCCAGAUCCUCUACUCAGCUGGCAGUCUCAGCCUAUCUGUGGCUAUGGGUUUGGCAGGAGGUAUUCUGACAGAUUAUUGUGAAGAUCAAAUGAGAAGACAUUUGUAAAGUGCUCAGAGUUGUGCCUGGUAUGUGGUAGGAGCUUCCUUCUUCCAUUAAAGACUUUUUAGAGUAAACCCUCUUAGACCUCAUCAUGGAUUCACUGGGGGCUUGUGAACCACUGAAUGGGAACCACUGAACCAGAUGACCUGUAAGGUAACCUUCCAGCGCAAGAUCUAUGAUCAAGUCAACCCCCAAGCAUUUAUGAAGCACCUACUAUAUACCAAGUACUGUGACUAUGAAGGUAAAAAACAGUCCCUGCUCUCAAGGAGCUUACAGUCUAACGGGGAAAACUACGUGCAAACAGCUAUGAUGAACAAGAUAGGAUACAAUUUGGAGACAUAAUCAACAGAGACAAGGUACUAAGAUGAAGAGGGAUUGGGGAAGGCUUCUUGUAGAUGGUGGGCUUUGAGCUGAGCCUUGAAGGAAGCCCAAAGCCUAUGCUCUUAUGACCCCUAAAUAAAGGUCCUUUCUAGCUCAAAGGUCCCUAUGCUUGUAUGGUCUGAUGAACAAUGGAAAGACGUACAACAGAUCAAAGUAGGGUGUAGUAUUUCCCCCAUCGUACCUUACCUCACAGAAGGAGUAUAAAUGGUAUCAGAGAUAAUAUAUAUGACUGGGAAAGGAGGUGGCCCAACAGUAGGACAAGGAAAAGGCCUCCUACUUCAGUGGUGCCCUGAGGAAUCUAAAGGAUCAGAGGAAAGCCUCUGGUGGGGCAGGUAAAUGCUCUAUGGAGCAUUUACAGACAACUGUGCAGGACUAGACUGAAGGCCCAGCAGGGGUGGCCUAGGGGAAGGUUUGGGGAUCUCUACAUUGAUCAGCUCCAGAUUCAGUAAAGAAGUUGAGGAUAAAGUGGCUUCAUUUAAAUUUGUCUUGUCUUUUAAAUGGGUCAACUUGUAAAUGGUCCAUCCUCCAAAAAGAACUUUUUGUAUCUUGUCUUGGAAGGGUGUCAGAUACACACCUUCCAAAGUCCUUUAGGUGUAAUUCAAAUCCUCUUAGACAACUGCCUUUGCCAGCUCCUUUUAGAAGCAAUUAGUCCAAACCCAGGAAAGCCAGGGCUUUUUCCUGGGACACCUGAGGGCAAAAAACAGAGCUCCCCACCGAGGCGCUGCCUGGGGGAAUUCAAUAUUUUGACUGAUCUAGAGAAGACAGAUACGAAACCACCUAGAAGCAAUGGUUAACCU